AUGAAGUUGAUGAAAUAGAAACUGGUGCUCAGGGCUCUACUGAGCACAACAACCUUGUCAGUCUUGCUUCUACGUCAGCUUCUAGCUUCUUGGGCAGCUCCAACAUAUUUGAGCCUCCCAUACCUAAGGAUCUCUUCAAGGAAAUUUGAGUGGCAGAUUCGACCACCACAACCCAUGGACUUGAAUUACCCUUAUCCCUACCUCUUCCUGAUAAUCCAUCCUGACAAGUGUGAAGGUCCCAGAGGGGUGCCAUUCCUGCUCAUGCUGGUGAUGACCCGACCCCCAGAUGUGGGGGUGCGCCAGGCCAUCCGGCAAACAUGGGGUAAUGAGACUUUGGUACCCAGUGUGGUUGUCCACAGACUCUUUGUUCUUGGCCUGCCCCCACCUCUCUUUGACAAAGAACUUCAGACUCUCCUGAAAGAGGAGGACAGGGAGCAUGGAGAUCUCCUCCAGGUGGGCUUCUUCGACACAUACCGAAACUUGACUCUCAAGGUUCUCAUGGGGCUAGAGUGGAUGGCCCAGCACUGUCCCAAUGCUCAAUAUGUUCUCAAGGUGGAUAGUGAUGUCUUCCUAAACCCCAGGUUUCUGGUACAGCAGGUGCUGUGGCCCAAUGGACCUUCACGGCCAGACUUUAUCACAGGACACAUCUACAGAAACUCGAAACCUUUGAGGGACCAGCAUAACAAGUGGUACAUGCCCCCAGAGCUGUAUUCCCCGAACAGGUAUCCUGACUAUUGUGGGGGUCCUGGCUAUGUUCUGUCUGGGUCCCUGGUCCUUCGGAUCUUGACCGCAGCUCAGAGUGUCAAAGUCAUUUACCUGGAGGAUGUGUUUAUAGGGUUGUGUUUGAAACUGCUUGGAGUGAAGCCUACACCUCCUCGUCGUAAUACCUUCCUAAUAUCCCGGAGGAAUUAUAACCAUUGUGCUUUUCAGCAACUUGUCCUGGUCCACCGCUUCCAGCACCAAGAGUUACUACGGAUAUGGCCAGACUUCCUGACAUCCAACCCUACCUGCCCCACAGUGUAA